UGUACGUAUCAGCUUGCUGUGGUUCUAAUCAUGGAAGCAAGAGGCGAGAGUUGAAGGGCUAAUCUCGCCCAGAAUACAAUAAUAGGAACGUUUUCUUUCUGGUCGCCCAACACUGACGCGCUUGUACCGAUUUGUUGAAUAUCUCAACGACCAAAGCUGCUCAGUGUUUGAGCAUUACUGACAAUGGAGGACUCGCCUAGUUCACUGGUGGCGGCUGCCCUGCAGGCUAAGCCGUCCACUCGCCUAGGAGGUAGCGGCGCCGGCGCAGCUGGUGAUACGAACCUGAUUGAAACGUACCUGGGUCGCCUGGAUAUCAGUGCGGGAGAGUUGAAGGGUGAAAUAUUCGAUAUGAUCAAGGAGAAGUAUCAGGAGUUUCUACCAAUGUUCCAUGACACUGGCGAGAUGAGUGCUAAGGUUCAACGCCUGUCACGUGACAUGGACAGCCUCAGUGAUCGCGUCCAGGUCAGUUGUAAACCAGCACUACAGGCGGCAUCUCAACACCAGGGCAAGCUCAAGACACGUCUGGAGGAGUGCAAUAGUCACAUAUCUCUCCUCUCCGAGCUUCUAGCCAUAUUUGAUGAAUUUGAAGGGGCGCAGAAGGACUACGAGUGUUCUAAUUACCUAUCGGCUGCCAAGCGCUUAAAGCAAGCUAGUGGACAUUUGCAAGUAACAUUGUCGGGUGGCUGUGAGCUGCAGAUCUACCUCUCACUGAAGGAUGAGCUAGACCGGCAACGCUGUGAUCUGCUCGGUCUACUGCGCAAUGCCUGGGAGCAGGCGUUCAAGUUGAGCCUGUCGAAAACGGCCAACCGCACGACAGCAUCUUCUACGAUGAACCUGGAGCUGAACAGUCGACUAACUGUGCAUACCGGCCGUGAUAUCACCAUGGCUACGCUCCUGCAAUGCCUUGAGUUACUAGGUGUGUUGGAGAGGGAGGUAUUGGAACUAGGUCAGAAUCUCCUGAAGUAUUUCCUCGUGCCGACAAUCAGCUCUCGGGUGAAAGUUUCCGUCACGACGCUAUCACGCAGCUUCAUGAUCACUCUUGCUGACGAUGCCGCCUCUGCAGAGACGGAAGCGCAUCAAAGACCAGUAGCUGUGUACAGAUCAACUCUGGAGCUGUUUGACGUCAUCAGUCGCUUCCUGUCCUCGGCAGGUGACGACCUGUCGUUGAUGAUGAAAAACAAACUAGGCCCUGCAAUCUGGCAGAAGGUUUGUGAAGCCAUCAUCAAUAAAUGUCUCGCACCGGCCGUUCCGAGCAACGCUGAACAGUUGCAGUUGUUUUCGAAUGUGAUCACGGCCACCCAGGACUUUGAGAGGAGCAUGUUCGACAAAGGUUUUGUCCCUGAUGCCCAGGCGUCCACCCUCAGCAAGUACACCAGCAAUGUCAACAUUCACUUUGCUAGCAAGAAGUGUGAAGAUUUGUUGGUGCGCGCUCGCUCUCUGAUGGUCAGCGACCUGCAUAACACCGUACUCAUUGCUCCUCACUCCAGCACAGGGUUGAAGACACCAUCGGACAGUACAUGCUCACCUUCUGCGGACAGCCUAUCGUUUGAUGAAAAGCGGAGUGAAGCGGAGCUAUCACUGGCCGAGGGUGUGCUAUACAUGCCCCGCUGUCGGGUCAGCACCUUCGUUCAAGACCUUGUGCAGCUGGCUAGGGACACUUUGCAGGAGGCCACACGCUCAUCGGUGGAGAGUGCUAUCCAGCUGUUCUUCAGUGUACGUAACGUCUUCGAGCUGUACCCACUGGUGACGCCCACGUUUCAUCGGCGUGCCGUCUCCGACAUUCCUCUUCUCGCCGCCGUACAGCACAACAACUCGUUCUACUUGGCACAUCAGCUGCUGACGCUUGGCCACCAGUUCCGUUCACAGCUGCCCGCCAAGUCCUGGUUAAGCGAGGCGGCCGCGUUUGUCGAUCUGGUGCCGUCCAUCCGCCGUGUCGGCGAAGAGUGUCUCGUUUCUCAGCUGCUUAAGCAGCAGAAUGAUUUGCUUGCCAGCCUGGAGGGAGCACACCAGUUCACCAAUGCCACGGACAAGAAGCGCUGUGCUGACAUUCGCCGAGCGUUGAGACAGGUGAUGCACCAGCUAGGUCAAUUGUCGUCCGUGUGGCGGGACGUACUGCCCAAGACAGUGUUCCUGCGUAGCAUCGCUCUGCUCAUUGACGCCGUGAUCAACAGUGUUGUGUCUAGCGUUGUGGCAUUGCAGGACAUCUCAGCCACGGAGGCGAUCGCCGUGCACACGGAACUGUCGUCGCUGCUCACCGGCCUACCAGCACACCUAGCCAUGCCGCCGCCACAGCCACAGCGCCAAUCUGACAGCAGCAGCAGCACCACGGCCGCCGCGGACAAGGCAACACCUACUGCGCGUAAAGGCUCCUCUGCAUCGUCGUCCACGGCGGCGAGUUCUGCAGGUGGAGGUGGUGCGAUGGCUGCAGCCAGCCAAGAUCUUGUACCUCUCACGGAUGGUGAACUUCGAGAACUUGUUCCCCACUGGGAAAAGUUCAGGUAUCUUCUUAUUCUGCUGGAUGGGAACCUACAGCUGUUUGUAGACCUGUGGAGCCAGGGCACGGGUCCCAUCUCCAGUAUCUACACGGCUGCGGAGGUGCGCCAGCUCAUACGCGCUCUCUUCCAGAACACGGAGCGGCGCUCCAACGCUCUCACCACAAUCCGCUUACCCGGCACAUGACCAUCGCUCACACACGCACACCACUGACCCUUGCACUGGCCUUUCGUCCCUGUCACCCGUGGUGUGUGGCGAACAUCAGCAAUGGGUGUUGAUUAUCUAGUCACUAUCAUCGUUGUCGUCGCCGUUGUUGUCGUCCAAGGCAGUGUAGCAUUUCCCAACUAGUGUUGUAGUAAGUCAGUUGGGUUUGACUCGUUGGUUGGUGUGUUUAUGAUGUAGAAUACUGCUGCUGCUGCUGCUGCUACUAGUACUUGUGUUGUCAUAGAUACUUGUACUUUCAGAGUUUGUACGUGAUCAAGUUCAACUGGUGGUCAGCUGGUAGUUGCGUGGUCGUACAUACACGCUGUACAUAUUCUCUUUCCACUGCUGGUCACCUGGUACAGCAUGUGCGUGGUCGUACAUACACACUGUACCUAUUCAAGUUCCAUGAUACUGAGUGUGUGAGCGACUAGCAUAAGAUCCUUUAUUGCUGAACAUUCAAGUAAUUAGUUCCAGUGGUGGUACUGCUGGUGGUCACCGCUUGUACUAGUCAUUGCACAACAACACCACCACCAUUACACCGCUCUCAGUCUCACCAAUGCCCGUGACCGUGAUGGUGAGUGCAUUGCAGUGCGGGGGCAUGCAUAUACUGCAUACUCUUCGGGGACCUAGCCGGAUACGUCUUGCGCGCUACUCUCGGCCUUCUCUUGAUUCCCCGGCACUUGCCGGGCAUGCCCUUGCGGUCCGACUGUCUGGCUGCCGGACACGGUUGAUUCUUGUCCAAUGGUGUUUGCUGCCAAUGUGGAUUACCUCUCCCGGGUUACACUCUCUGCAGUGGUUGUUGUUGUUGGCGUCGUCAUCGUCGUCUUGUGCCUCUCUACUUUUAUCCUUGGCCAAUGCAACGAUGUUUGUGAUACUUGGGGUGAUGGCACUGAUGAACGCGUGGAUAUGAAUAGCAUUGCUGCGCUUGCCUCUCUCUCUCCAUUCUGAACCAGUAGCAAUCUAUAAUGGUGAUGAGGAUGUGCCAGUUCUUUACUUUACUACUCAAUUCCAUACCGUAUGAAACACGGUGUGUUUUAUUAUUUACCCCCCCCCCCCCCCCCCCCCCCCACCGCCUGUUUGUGAUUUAUCCGUUCUACAUCUUAGCUGAUUGUACAAAGCUUGCUGAUAUCCUCCCCAUCCCCUUUCACCCCCUUACCCCCACCCCUUUCAACCCCAUGCCAUCGUGUGAUUAUAUUUUCCUAUGCUGCCAGUGACUGCCGUUUUGGCGCUCUGGCCCUCUCAUUUCCGUUUUCUUAACCUUUGAACUUAUUUGAACAAAUUUUACUUGUGCGCGCACGUGACUGCAUUUGCAUCUCUUGAUGUGCUUGGGGAAACCUGCUUCUUUGGA